AUUGCUCGCCCAGCGCUCUCUCAGAGCAGCUGGUCACAUGAGCCUGAAUUUUCAGUUCAGUUCAUUAGUCAGCCAUUUUGGUCAACACCCUGCUUACUGCGCACAGCCAAUCCUGUUAGAACUCAGCAUCCCGGUUCGUCUGAGCAGGUCCUGUAGUGAUUUCUGCUGGUCAAAUUUUUUUCAGAUAGAUUUAAAAUAUAGGUUGAUUUUUUUUUUUGUAUUCUUUCUUUUGUAUUUUUUUCUGCACAAAGAAGGAGGAUUUUUUUUAUUUAUCCAUGCUAAGACCAAUUUUUGAAAACCAGCUUUAUAAGAUAGCAUUGGGUGUGUAGGAUUUUAGCCUAUAGAUAUCCUGACUGGAAUAAAGGGAAAGGAAGAUAAAGGAGAGGACGCUGGGAGAAGACAGACACUAUCUAAUUUUGCUAACUGUUAGGAAUUGCCAGUAAGAAAAGAUAGUAUAGAAUUGUUUAUUUUGAGCAGUUUGCUCUUCAAGGAAUUUUUCUUUUCUCUCUCUCUCUCUUUUUUUUUUUCAACGUUUCCUAUUCCAAAUUCUAAAAGCUUUGUUUAAGAGCUUGGGAUUUGGUAAUUUUUUUUUUUUUGGUUCCGAGGUCUUAUUUAUUUGUGUGGUGUGUGUGUGUGUGUGUGUGUGUGUGUUGUGGUCCCAGCUGAGUCAUCAUGUCGGCCCUGACGCCUCCGACUGACAUGCCAACCCCCACCACUGACAAGAUCACACAGGCUGCCAUGGAGACCAUCUACCUUUGCAAAUUCCGAGUGUCAAUGGAUGGAGAAUGGCUGUGCCUGCGAGAGCUCGAUGACAUCUCCCUCACACCUGACCCAGAGCCUACCCAUGAAGACUCUUGGGAGGAUUUGACUGAUUUGGUGGAACAAGUGCGUGCUGAUACAGAAGAUCCUAAUUAUCUCAUGGCUAACGAACGCAUGAACCUGAUGAACAUGGCAAAGCUGAGUAUCAAGGGCCUGAUUGAAUCCGCUCUGAACCUGGGGCGAACCCUGGACUCGGACUAUGCUCCCCUCCAGCAGUUCUUCGUGGUGAUGGAGCACUGCUUGAAGCACGGCUUGAAAGCCAAGAAAACUUUUCUUGGACAAAACAAAUCCUUCUGGGGGCCUCUAGAGCUAGUAGAAAAGCUCGUUCCAGAAGCUGCAGAGAUAACAGCAAGUGUUAAAGAUCUCCCAGGACUUAAGACACCAGUUGGCAGAGGAAGAGCCUGGCUUCGUUUGGCUUUAAUGCAGAAGAAGCUUUCUGAGUAUAUGAAGGCCUUGAUCAAUAAAAAGGAACUUCUCAGUGAGUUCUACGAAGCCAAUGCCCUCAUGAUGGAAGAGGAGGGAGCUAUUAUUGCCGGUCUCCUGGUGGGUCUGAAUGUCAUUGAUGCCAAUUUCUGCAUGAAAGGAGAGGACCUGGACUCUCAGGUUGGAGUUAUAGAUUUUUCCAUGUAUCUCAAAGAUGGAAACAGCAGUAAAGGUAGUGAGGGGGAUGGUCAGAUUACUGCGAUUCUAGACCAGAAGAACUACGUGGAAGAACUCAACAGACAUCUGAAUGCUACUGUAAACAACCUUCAGGCAAAAGUAGAUGCUUUAGAAAAAUCCAACACUAAAUUGACAGAGGAGCUUGCCGUUGCCAACAACAGAAUUAUUACCUUACAAGAAGAAAUGGAACGAGUUAAAGAAGAAAGCUCCUAUCUACUGGAAUCCAGUCGGAAGGGUCCCAAACAAGACAGAACUGCAGAAGGGCAAGCACUGAGUGAAGCAAGAAAGCAUUUAAAGGAGGAGACACAGUUACGAUUGGACGUGGAGAAGGAACUGGAGUUGCAGAUCAGCAUGAGGCAGGAGAUGGAACUGGCGAUGAAGAUGCUGGAGAAGGAUGUCUGUGAGAAGCAGGAUGCCCUGGUGUCUCUGCGGCAGCAACUGGAUGAUCUCCGGGCUCUCAAGCAUGAGCUUGCCUUCAAGCUGCAGAGUUCAGACCUAGGAGUAAAACAGAAAAGUGAAUUAAACAGUCGCUUAGAAGAGAAGACUAACCAGAUGGCUGCCACCAUUAAACAACUGGAGCAAAGUGAAAAAGAUUUGGUGAAACAGGCAAAGACCUUAAAUAGUGCCGCAAAUAAACUGAUCCCAAAACAUCACUAGAUACUUCAUAGAUGGUCGUCUCUCAAGUCUGAUGUUACAAAAUAUCUAUAAGAGGAAGAAGUCAGAAAUUCCUACAUUUAAGCUCUGAUUCUAUAUUUAAAAAAGUCACCAAAAGUUGACCUUGAAUUUGUUGGACUUAAAAAAAAAAAUAGUUCGAUAUAUAGGUUGGGUUUUGUUGUUGUUGUCGCUGCUGUUAUUUUCUCCCCCAGAGUUAGAAAUUUUGGUAUGGGUUCCUCAUUAAAUACCAAAUAAACUUUGAGAAAUAUUUCUGAGUUGAACAAUAAAUCAAAAGACCAUUUUCAGGAAGCCUGGGGAACAGAAGCAUUGUACAUGUGUCCUUGAUAGUGAUCAGACUCUGUAGGUGGCCCAUGUCUACAUCAGUGAGCCUGUUCUCUGCCGUGUAAUGUGGGCAGGUGUCACCUGGGGACCUUGGGCCUAAAGUAGCUCUGUCUCUUAGACCGUAACUCCUCUUCUCUUGCCUUGUGUAAGUUUAAUGCCCUGCCCAAGAAAAGUACUUAGUAUUUCAUUACACUUCUAUUCUCAGUAACCAAGACUGCUUGCAGUUUCUUUUUCCCUUAGUGAUUUUGGACAAACAACAGCAUCCUUGCAUUUCUUUAAAGUUCUUAGAAGCACAGUAGUAAUUAGGUAGGUCUUCACGUCAUAGUGCGGGAGCUGGGAAACCCCUCUUGACACGCGCCACCUCUACCUCUGCCCUUCUCUGCCAUCCUCCGUACUACUUAGGUAGCUCAGAGAGAACACUUUAAUACAAAUACGAUUUUCAAAUCUACCCUGCUUUUUUCCUCCUGGGAUAGAGAGGCCACAGUGUAAUCAUGACUUCCGACCUGCCAUCCUUGCCUGGAACACUGGCCCAAGAGCUUCUAUCACUUUUUUUUGUGAUGGAUAUUUGCUAAAGGUUCUAGUUACUAAAAACAAAUAAUUUCAAAUGAGAAAUCAAUAAUGCACUGGCAUUGGUUAGUAUCAAAACAAAGAUCCUCAGUAGAUAGCCACAGCAAUACUAGCAGGGCUUUUUUCCUAAGUGACUGCAGAGCUAUCCCUUUCUAGGCUCUGCAUUGUAAAUAAUCCUAUAAAUACUUUGAUUUAGAAAAAACUAUUUUUGAUUUGGGGAGGCAGGCUUUUAUAUACAUGAGCCUUUACUCCAUCCAGCGGGUUUGGCACAGUGCCUGGGGUUUUGUUCCAUGUUUUCUGUCCCUCCUUCUGGCAUGCUAUGUAGCAUUGCCCCUGCUAAGAGAGAGGCAAAGAUAAUUCCUUUGCUUCAAUUUUUUUUACUUUCUUGGCAAACCAUAAUUAAGAGUGUAACCGAGUGUGUGUGCUUUUAUAGGUCCUCAAAGGGCCUGUGUUAGAGCCAACUUAAUGGAGGAUCCUUAAACUCAUUUUAAUUCUUAUAAUUUUGCACCUAUAUAAAUAAACCUCCUAUUGCAUUCUGCUGCUCAUCAGCCUUUUAUGGUGAUGAGUUGCUUUUUACAUACCCAUUGAAAGGGAAUAAUCAAACCAAUAAAAGUUAGACUACAUAUAGCAUGCCUAUAAAUUCUAUUACAGAAAGCCUCAAAUAUUCCCCCGUAUAAAAAUGAUCCUUUAUAGGUGCAAAGCUAUAGGACACUUAGAAGAAAGCUUCCAUAAGAAGCUUCCGGAGGAUAUGGUCAGGAGUCUUGGGAACCCCAAUGCUCAGUGUUUUACUGCUUGGUCACAUACCCCGUGAUAGAAGUGGAAAGGGCAGACACAGCCAGACUUUCAGAGAGGCUUGUCCUUAUGGAAUCAUGAGAAGCUUGGGUAAGAGUUGCUAGAGAUUGCCCUGCAGCUUCCUGUGGUCAGGGAAGGGUCAGGAAAUCAGGAUAACCCCACAUGAGAAGGCAGCUCCGCCUGCACCUUCAGCUGUAUGUGGAAGGCAGAAGGAUAACGUCCCAGCCUGUUAGGAAAGAAAGACAGUGGCUUCGACACAAUUGACUGUGUACUUGAGGGUGGCUCUGGAUAUGGAUUUCCAAAAAGUGAUGUCUUCUUGUUGAUCACCUAAUGGCUGUAAACUGUAGUACUAGAAUAAAAAAAAAAUAGAAAAUCA